AUGAAAACACAUGGCAUGGCUUCACGAUACAGUGGACCUGCUGUUCGACAAGCUUUCACCAUUGCGAUACAACGGUCUGCGCCGCGCCGUACAGCACUUUGCUUUGGUUUGCUCUAUUACAACUUUGGUACCCUCCUCGGUCAGCAACCACAAGGCACCAUCGUUCAGCUCAAACAACGCCCUUCCUCCAGAGCCCCAACGUCCGGUAGUCGUCCAACCGAGACCUCCGCUUCUGGGACAACUUCUUAUAGCGACGAUUCUUCUCAAGAAAACAGUCAGGGCUACAGUUCUGAAGAGGAUCUAUACGACGACGAGGACGACUACGACGAGGACGGUCUUGGCCCGUCUGACUCUGCCUCAACUAGCGAUCACGAGCAGCAUUAUCGUUCUCACCAUCCCCAGCGUCAGCACCAGCUCCCUCACCAGCUUCCGCCCCAGCAUCAAUACCCCCCUCAGCAUCAGCAGCUAGCUCCUCAUCAACCACCACCUCGCCAGCUACCUCCUCACCAGGCCCAUCAAUUGCAGCCUCGACCACCUCGGCAACCAGGUCCCCCUAAGGACCUCUACCAGCCUGGUCCUCCCAAGGAUCUCUAUCAACCUGAAGAGGAUCCUCACCAGUCUUAUCGUCGACCACGGCGCGAGCGUGCAGCGCCGCCCACCGCCAAUCUGGAGGACCCUCGUGGGUAUGGCGCGCCUUAUGGCCGCGGUGCAUAUGGACAUCCGCAGGCCCCGGGGCGCCCAGGUCCGGGUCCGGGUCAAAUGUAUGGCAGAGGCCAGCAGCCCGGCUACCAAAACCAAAUGGCGCCUUAUAUGGGCUACCCUUCUAACAACCAGAUGGUGCCUUUCGGCUAUGGCGACCCAACCAGCCCUUAUGGGGCCCCUGGUUAUGGCGGCGAAGGCAGAGGCAUGUAUGACAUGAUGCCGUAUCAACAGCCGCAUCAACAACCACACCAACAGCAACAAAACGGGUUUUAUGGCGCCAUGCAGCCUCACCAUUACAAUAUGUCGGCUCAUAUGGGCGGGAUGCAGUUGGGACCACUGACAACACCACCACCUCCUCCCCCAACUGAGGCUCCUGCCAAACCUGCCACACCCGCUCCUCCAAAAGAGGACCCGGAUAAGAUUCGAUUGGAGGCCGAGAUUGCUGCCUUCAAGGCAAUGGAAGAGAAAGCCAAGGCUGCCGAAAAGCAAAAGGAAGCCGAGGCGCAGAUUCGAAGAGAGGCGGAGGAAGCCUUCCAACGAAGGAUGGAAGAUAUGAGAAUAGCUCAAGAAGAGGCCAAAAAAGAAAUCGAGAAAGCCAGGCUCGAGGCCGAGAAGCUUGCUAGGGAGAGAAUGGAGGCCGAACGAAAGGCCGAGGAGAAGCGGGCACAAGAGCAUGCUCGGGCUAUGGCGGAAGCCGAAGAGAAGGCUCGUCUCAAAUUCGAAGCCGAGAUGAAGGCUGCCGAAGAUCGGAGAAAGGCUGAGGCUGAGGCUCGCAUACAAGCCGAAGAAGACGCCAGAAAGAAGUUUGAGGCGGCCGCAAAGGCUGCUGAGGAGCAGCGAAAGGCCGAGGCCGCAGCACGCGCGCAAGCCGAGAAAGACGCUCGCGAAAAGUACGAAGCCGAAAUGAAGGCGGCCGCCGAGCAGCGCAAGGCAGAGGCAGACGCAAAGGCAAAGGCCGAAGAGGAAGCCCGUCUGAAGUACGAGGCUGAAUUGAAGGCAGCUGAAGAGCGUGGUAAGAAGGAAGCGGAGGAACGAGUCAGAGCCGAGAGGGAAGCUCGAAUGAAGUUCGAGGCUGAACUAAGAGCUGCAGAGGACAAGCGAAUCAAGGAUGAGGAAGAGAGAAAGCGCGCCGAAGAGCUUGCCCGAGUGCGUUUUGAAAAGGCUUUGCAAGAAGAAGCCGAGGCCAAGGCCGCUGCGGCCAAGAAGGCCCAGGAAGAAGCCGAACGACUCAUGAGAAUCGAGCAGGAGGCUAAAGAAGCUGCUGCGAAGAAGGCUGCGGAAGAAGCAGAGAAGCUCAAGAAACUUGAAGAAGAGACUCGCGCAAAGGCAGAGGCUGAGACGCUCAAGAAGAUUGAGGAGGAAAACAAGAAGGCGGCUGAAGCUGCCGCCGCUGAGGAGGCCGCUAAGAAGGCUGCCGCAGAGCUCAAGACGAAGAUCGAAGAGGAAACAAAGCUCAAGCUCGAAGAAUCUAAGAAGAAGGCCGAGCAGGCUCCGAUCCGAUUCAAGGAUGCUGUUGGUCGAAAGUUCAGCUUCCCAUUCCACCUAUGUGCCACCUGGCAGGGUAUGGAAGACCUCAUUAAGCAAGCUUUCAUGCAAGUGGAUGUCCUAGGCCCUCACGUCAUGGAAGGCCACUACGACCUCAUUGGCCCUGAUGGCGAGAUCAUCUUGCCCUCUGUGUGGGAGAAGGUGGUCCAACCCGACUGGGCCAUUACCAUGACAAUGUGGCCGAUGGAUAAGAUGCCACCCUUGCACUCCAAGAUGGCUGGCGGACCUCAUAUGCACGGCGUGCCCGGCAAACAUCCUAUGCCUCCUCCACGCCCCAUGCCCCAAGGAAUGCGACCUCCAGGUAUGCAAGUCCCUGGUAUGCCCCAGGGGGGAUUUGCACCACCUCCUGGAUGGCCUCAGGGAGCAGGUCCUCGCCCUCCUAUGCCAAUGCCCAACGUUGUCACUGUUGGUCCUGGGCCUGUGAAGUCAAGCAAACACAAGAAGCCAUCUAAGGACCACGGAUCAUCCGUGGCUGGAUUCUUGUUCGGCAAGCCUCCUAAGAAGAAGUCCAGCAGCAAAAAAUGA